UAACUAUGAGCGUAUCCCUUGUUAGAUCUAUUAGCACUUAACAAACUCUUAAGGAUAACUCCUUCUUUUCCAUGACAUCGUCGUUUCAUUCUCACUAAGAAAACGCCGAGCAUGGUCGUCACUUUCGAUGUUUCCCCGGAGAAGGAGGGGAGCGUAUUGAACUACUUCUAUCGCCAACUUACGCAAACGCCGGCCGAGGUUCGUGGGAUCGACCUUGGUGGGAAAACAGCAAUCGUAACGGGAUCUAACGUCGGAAUUGGCCUCGAAUGUAGUCGUCAACUUCUGGACCUAGGGCUGAGCAAACUUGUUCUUGCCGUCCGAAAUGUCUCCAAAGGCCAAGCUGCGGCUACCGAGUUGUCUAAGGAUAUAAACCUCAAUCCAGGUACUAUUGAGGUAUGGGAGCUAGACUAUGCAUCGUAUGACUCGAUUUGCUCCUUCGUAGAGCGAACCAAGGGCCUCGAGCGUCUGGACAUUGUGAUUCUUAACGCCGGUAUUAUGGCGACGGAGGCGAGGAUCAAUCCGAGCACCGGCCAUGAGGAGACUAUACAGAUAAAUUAUCUUUCAACAGCUCUCUUAGCCAUUCUACUUCUUCCCGUGGUCAAAUCAAAGAGGCCAUUAGCAGAACAGCCAGGCCGUAUUACCAUCACGUCGUCCGAUACAGCCGCUUGGGCAAAAUUAGACGAGAGAAACGAAGAACCCCUAUUAUCCUCUUUUGAUAAACCUGGUAAAGUGGACAUGUUGAACCGCACUUUUGUAUCGAAGCUAUUGGGACAAUUAUUCUUGGUCGAGCUAGCCAAACGCGUACCUUCAUCCGUCGCUGUGAUCAACAUGGCGACGCCGAUGAUGGUUUAUGACUCGGAAAUCAAUCGUGAGACUGCUCGCUCGCUCAUGGGAAAGAUUGUAGAGGUAUUUAGGAGAAGAAUUGGUUAUACGGCGGCAGUUGGCGCUCGUAUGGUAGUUGAUGCGGCUGUGAAGCAUGGCGAAGAAACACACGGACAAUAUUUAGGACUUCAGAAGCUAAAGCCGAUGGCACCAAUUGUUUAUUCAUCCGAAGGCGAUCAUUUACGGAGUGUCUUAUGGAGGGAAACACUUGAAGAAUUCUCGUUUGCGGGAGUUGAAGAUAUUCUCAAUGAGGUCAAUAGUGACCGGAAAGAAAUACUCUAAUAGAGAUUCGUAAGUUGAGCCUCAAUCUUUGAGGGGCGAAUGGGGACAAGUCAUUACAAGUUACUUUAUGAAGGAGUACCGAAACAGUCGGCGCAUACCAAUGUAUUAAAAAGUGAUUUGUAUUUUAUGUACUCAUAUGAGUUAGGUACCUACCUAACUCGUGUAGGAACUAUGGUACGAGGCUGCACUGGUAUCUCAUUGUUGUAUGCCUAGGUUGAUAACGAUGGCUCGGUCCCCAAUCGGCCUGACAGAGACGGUCAGAUGCAGCAUUGCGGCUGUUAAUGAGCCUAUCGGUAUUCCUAACAAGGUAAUUUAUGAGGGGGUAGAAGAUGACUUAUCAUAGGAGAUAUUGACCUGUAGAAUAUAAUAAUCAGAGUACGACAACUUACAGCCAAUACUUCCCGUUCUCAACGGGAGAGGAGAGAAGUAUGCAUAUCGACGAGUUUUUAUACGACUCCCAUUGGUAGUAUUGAUAUAUUAAUUGGA